CCGAUUUUUCUGGGGGCACCAGUGAAGGCAGCAUGGCUCAGGUUGCGGCGUCCACGUUUGUUGUUGUCAGUGAGCCGCGUCGCGCCGGAAGCUACAAGUGGCAAACGCGGAAGUAGCACAUUUAUUUAACGUUGUCCGACUAUAAAUAUGAGUCUUAGACAUGAGGAGACCCCCGAGGCGGCGGCGUCGUGACCGCUGAGCUGAGUCCGGCUGGAACUGCACUUCGAAAGUGCUCCGGUCUUUUCACCCACGACGAGCGGUCGCCGUAGGCCUCGGGCCAUGCCUCGGUCCAGAGUGGCGCCGUGAACCCGCCAAAACGUCACCUCGAGCCCCGCAUGCGAGGGGAGCGCACCGGGGGCUGCAGCAGUUCACCCUCUUGUGUGACAGGGCUGGGUUACAGCCAUGCACCCGCCGUCUCGACAGGGCUAUGUAUCCUUAAGCCUCGCUGGACAAGGGAGUGGUGGCUACAACAACAGUAAGCAGUGGAGGAGGCAGUCCUGCUGGAGGAAAUGGAAGCAGCUGUCCAGGCUGCAGCGGAGCCUCAUUUUCUCCAUCCUCGUCCUGCUGUUCAUUUGUGGACUUGCCACCUAUCCUAUUGUCACUGAACACCUCAGAGGCCUUUCAGAUGAGGAGCAGGAGACAGAAAGCAACAGCGUCCUGAGGCCUGUCGUCCCUCACGUGCUGCCUGAGCCUGUCAGACUGGGACAUCCUGCACUGCCAGAACCACCAUCCCAGCAGAGGAAGUUAUCCAAUAAGAGGGGUCCGCCCGUCCUUCAGAAUCGCUUUCCGAGGAAAGGGAACACUUCGGAAAACACAGCGGUCGAGGACAAGACGGCUGGCGGCAAGAAAGAAAGGGAGGAGGAGGGAGUCAUAAGCUGGCGUGGGGCGGUGAUCGACACUGCACCGGCCACAGAGGGCACCAAGGAUGGGGGAAAGGUUUUACCUGCCAACCAAGAAGCCAAAUCCUCUAACGAGUCAGACUCUGACCGGCCGGAGGCGGUGCGGGAAGCCUUCAGACAUGCAUGGAAGGGCUAUAAAGAUUUUGCUUGGGGCCACGACGAGCUUAGGCCCAUCUCCAGGUCCUACGGCGAGUGGUUUGGCCUGGGUUUGACACUGAUCGAUGCCCUGGAUACCAUGUGGAUCCUGGGGCUUAAAGAAGAAUUUGAGGAAGCAAAGGCGUGGGUGGCCGCAGAGCUGACAUUCAACAAGAAUGUAGACGUCAACCUGUUUGAGAGCACCAUCCGCAUCCUUGGAGGCCUGCUGAGCACCUACCAUCUGACUGGAGACGCCCUGUUCCUGGAUAAAGCUAAGGACAUUGGCUCCAGGCUGAUGCCGGCCUUCAACACCCCGUCCAAGAUCCCGUACUCCGAUGUGAACAUCGGAAAAGGCACGGCCCACCCCCCUCGCUGGACCUCAGACAGCACUGUGGCUGAGGUGACGAGCAUCCAGCUGGAGUUCAGGGAGCUCAGCCGCCUCACCCAGGAGCCGCAGUACGAGGACGCAGUGGCCGAGGUCAUGAAUCAGGUUCACAAGCUGGACGGCAAGCUGGACGGUCUCGUGCCCAUGUUCAUCAACACCAACAGUGGACAAUUCACCCACCAAGGCAUCUACACACUGGGAGCCAGAGCGGACAGCUACUACGAAUACCUGCUGAAGCAGUGGAUCCAGGGGGGCAAGAGGGAGAGCCAGCUCUUGGAUGACUAUCUGCAGGCAAUAGAAGGUGUGAAGAAGAACCUGUUGCAGAAGUCUUCUCCUAAUGGCCUGACCUUCGUUGGAGAAGUCUCCCACGGACAGUUCAGCCCCAAAAUGGACCAUCUAGUGUGUUUCCUGCCGGGAACUUUGGCCCUCGGUGCUCACAAUGGGCUGCCCGCCGAUCACAUGGAUCUGGCCACACAGCUGAUGGAGACCUGCUACCAGAUGUACGUCCAGAUGGAGACGGGCCUCAGUCCGGAGAUCGUCCACUUCAACAUGCACGAGGGCAGCAUCCGAGACAUCGAAGUGAAACUCGCCGACAGACACAACCUCCUCCGACCAGAGACGGUGGAGAGUCUCUUCUACCUUUACAGGUUUACCAAGGACCACAAGUACCAGGAGUGGGGUUGGGAGAUUCUCAAGAACUUUAACAAGUACACCAAGGUUUCCUCUGGUGGCUACACAUCCAUCAAUAACGUGCGUGACCCAGACUACACCAGUCCCCAAGACAAGAUGGAGAGCUUCUUCCUGGGAGAGACCCUGAAGUAUCUGUACCUGCUCUUCGCAGACGACCCCGACCUCAUCAGCCUAGACCGCUUUGUCUUCAACACCGAAGCUCAUCCUCUGCCUAUAUGGCCCUCCACUGACACGCACACAAACUGAGAAGAAUUCAAAUGGGCGGCAUGUAUAUACAUCAUACAUAACAAAAUAUCUCAGGGUUGGUCUAACACCAAGACGGUGGCUUUGUCUCAUCUGUCUCAGUAAGCGAACGCUGCCAAUACGACCCUGAGCACAGAUGGAAAAAGCCUCUUUCCUGAUUGGCCCUAUUGUUUGCUACGCGCCAACAGCCGUAGAAAAAUGACAGGAGUCUGAUUGGCUUAUUUGUUCAGUUUUCGUUGUGUGGAUUUCUACUAGCGACAGAGUGCAUUCUGGAGUAGCGGAGGGACGCUUUUGUUCUCUUUAACACCCAGAUAACAUCAGCACCGGAGAAGAAAUGAAGAUCCUGACUGUCUUAAUCACAUGUCGAGGGCGAGAGGUGGAGCGUCGGGUUGGACCGGCACGGGUGUUUGAAGGGUGAUUUGGGUAUUUUCAGUAUAAGGCUGCUCCUAGCUUGUAUUUUGUUCACAAUUUUCAUUCCAGAGAAAACCUCCAAACACUUUCACGUCUUAAUUUGUACCCCCUGCGUUGUAUUCCAGUUACCAUGGAGACCUUUCUGAAACGGAUCGUGUUCCGUUGUGGCACAAAGCGAGCGUCUGGCGGUCUGACCCCGGUGCUGGGUGUGAAACCAGUCGCUGCCUGCUGGACGAGACCCGGACCGCUCUGCUGACGUGUCAGCACGUGGUCGCGACUCGUCACAAUGUAUGUAGUCAUUAAGUGCUCUCGCGUGAACCAUUCUCAGAUGCUGAAGCUUCUUGAUUAGGGCACGAGCGUACUGUCAGUCUAUUACCUCAAUUUACACCUGGCAUUAAAAUGUGUUUUGGGUGAUUGACAGAUUGUCCAAAUCACCUCCAGAGUUGGCCGAGGACACAUUGUGACCACAUUGAAGACAGGUGUAAAGGACUUGGGUGGAAAUACAAAAUUGCGAGACUGUUCCAAACCAGUGGGGUAGCAGCCGUUAGCCAGUAAACACAGGAGGCAGUCCUCUCCUCAGUCCUCAUGUUAUUCAAGUUCCCUGUGGACGGAGUGAAGACGAAACCAAUCGAGAAAACAAAGAAAGAAAGAAAGAAUACAGCUUCACGAUCGGCUGCCAACUCCUUCCAUUCAUCUACUUCUCUCUUUUUUUGUGAUUUUUGGACCGAAACAAGUGAGAGGAGGAUGUGACGUGAGCUGGACUGAGUGAUCGGGUCUCAGCGUGGACACGGGAGACGUGCACUUAUACCGAAAUCAUAUAUAGAUACGAGACACAUUUUAAUGCCAGGCUUAGAGGGAGUCUGUGCGUUUGCUGUCCCGCGCUGCAUUCAUGUCACACAGGACACGGGGAGGGGGGGGGGUUUUACCGCACGCAAAAUCCCACUCUGUCACUUCAGGUCAAGGAGAGGGCAUUGCUCGGGAAGCAACUGUGAUUGGUGGAUGUCGCUGACCAGUCGUGUGCAAGUAUUCAUGGCUCAACGCAAAGACAGAUAUGCCUACUGAAACUAUUUUUUAUAACCUAGCAACCCAAAAAUGUCCGAACGAUAACCCAUGGAAAAAAACAACAACAGUGACGUCGUUGUAAAUUAUAUUAAAAACCAUUAAAUAGAACCUAUAAAGCCUUUAUAAUAAGCCCAAUAAGACACGUAGGUGCUCAUCAUUUGAAUGGAGCAGCUGGUGGAGAUGGAGCUUCUGCGAUAUACUGCAUUUUAUCAUCUGAUCUCGCUGUUUACAAUGAGUCAUUUACUUCAACAUUGAGGAAGUUCUCUCAUCCAAUCUGGUUCGUUUAGGCCGUUUUGGGUAAUUUCUGCAUUUUUUGGAUCAAUAUUAUGGCACACUGACUUUUUUAGGUAUAUGAAUUUACUAAUGGAUUAGCAAAAAGUACAGUCCUGUUAAUGAAUUUCAUUCGUGAACUGUCUCCUCAGUUUUCUAGAAAUCGUCUGAUUAUUAUAUAACGAAACACAACAACCAACCACAUUGUUGCCUUCAGCCUUGCAGCUCUGUUCUCCCAUAUGACAUGAAUGCAGCAGCAGCAGCAGCAUCCUGCACACGGGACACACGUGAAUUUAUUCCAGCUGUUGUCGGGCGGCAGAUUUACUUACGAACUGUGAAGCUUUUGUUUUCUUUCAGGGCAGCAAGGGGUUUGUAGCUCCGAUGGGUUUUCUCUAUUUCCUUGCAUUUGUGUGUGUGUGUGUGUGUGUGUGUGUGUGUGUGUGUGUGUGUGUGUGUGUGUGUGUGUGUGUGUGUGUGUGUGUGUGUGUGUGUGUGUGUGUGUGUGUGUGUGUGUGUGUGUGUGUGUGUGUGUGUGUGUCCUGAGCAGCUGCUCCUCUCACUGAAUGUUCCAUUUCAUUCUUCUUUUAUUUUCCUUUGUAAGGUUUUUUUGUUGUUGUUUUUUCUGUGAGAGAAAUGAACAAUUAGAUUUUUAAAUAUAAAAUGUAGCUAAUAUAUUGAUUUCUAGUUUAUAUUUAUAGUUGUGAUUGCAGCUGUCUGAAUUCUGGUUGUUGUUGUCGUGGUCGCUUAAGAGCAGCGUUACAGUCCUUCCCGUAAAUACCACUAGUUCACAUCAUAUCUCAAACUUGAAGUUGUUACUAUUAAGAACUUUGACUUUGAAUUGAGACCAAACUCAUUUUGUAUAUCCUGGUUUCCUUUUCCUCACGUGCCUUCAACGUUGCCUCAGGCAACAUUCUAAAGACCAACUGAUAACUGUCUGUCAAUGUGCAUUUUCUAUCCAUCCAAACUAUUUUUACACGUGCAUACGCUGCUGAGCUACUAUGGUGAUUGUGAUUGUGAUCGCUGCAGCUCGUGGGUGUUUUUACACUUGACCGACGAAAAUAGGGAUUGAUUUUUUCCAGCAGUCCCGCAGAGCAAUCAUUAGGUUUACAUGAUGUUAAUCUCUCCCCGUGUGUGUGCGUGCGUGCGUGUGUUUAAACCCUGCCUACGAGGGCUCUGCGUGAUCCCCUCCCCGGAUGCGUCUCGGCAUAAUUCCUGAGCCAAAGACGAGCUGGAGAUAUUAUCAGCCGUGGUGUUUGGUUUUGUGUUUUUUAAACGACUAAAAAGCCAUUUUUCUCCAAAGCCACAUCUUUCAGGAACAACUAACUCUGCAUUUAACAGCUACACCCUCUCUCUCACACACAAACACACAGAUUUCAUCAUUUACAGCCAGACCUGUCAAGUAUCCGAGCCCAGUGCCCCACGAUCGGUCGUCCCCAUCAGAUCAUUUACAGCCGUAUCACGAGAAAAAUCCCAUUAAAGUGUCAUGAAGUACAUGAACAGUUGACUGCGAUGUAAGUUUUACAACAUCACUUAUACAAGAGUUCCAUCUUGGAGCAGCUGGUGUAGUUGGGGCGGGAGGCUCUGAUAGUCAAAAAUAGGAAAGGAUCAUGAAUUUUUAGCUCGUGCGAACAUACACUGCCGUUCUGAAUUACAUGUACGUCACGUGUCGCAUAUUCAGUGAUCUUUGGUUGAAGGAGCCGUGGUCCAUUUGCCUGUCGUACACCAUCUCAGACAAAGUGAUGAAACGGCGUGAACUUGCUGAUGCGGUUUGGAGUACGCGUGAGCCGUGGUUGCAGACCCACGUGUUUCACGUCGUGUCAGAUUAACCGUCGAUGGAGGCGAUUGGAAAAUGACAACUGUCCCUGAAGUGUUCCUGGACUGACGGAAUGCAGGUCAAUCCAGGAUCACAUCUGAAAUACAUUACAAUCACGAUCAACGCAGCCGCCGUCUGCCCCCCAGUUUACCCGUGAUAUUAUUAUCACUAACAAUGCUCACGCUUGGAGGACGACCGCAAAAGCUUGUGUGUUUGUCCAUCAGAGAAAAGACUGCAAUUUUUUUUAUUUUUAAGUCAAGGGCAGAAAUUUGAAUCCUUCAGAUAACGUUGUUAAGCACUGACCUCCUCACAGUCACUGUCGCUUGUGUGUCGACGUGUCCCCUGUGUGUGACCUCUGUGCUGAUGAUGUGCGACGGGAUGUUGUAUGUGAGUGUGGGACACGUGUGAAAGAAUCUUUUUCCGAUGGAGAAGCACCGGCAUUGGGUCAAAAUGUAUCGCUGAUGUCACUUGGUGUAAAAUAGAAGCUGAAUCUUCUUCAAUUCUUUAAAAAAUAAAAAAAUAAAAGAGAUUUUAUUGAACAGA